UCCAAUUUUUCUUUAGUCCAUGUUUGAAGUCAAUGCAAAAAAACUAGACCCACAAAAAGAACCAGCAUUUGGCCCAAACCCGAAAUUGAAACCAUGAUAAUAUCUUGUAAAAAAUGCCUCUUCUGAUAAACCCUAAAACCCUAAAAGAGAGAUUUUGACCUAAAAAAACCCUUUUGCUUGCACAAAAAAAAAGCCCUUUUGCUUCUGUCUUUGUUUUCAUGGAAGUAACAGGUUUGGUUCCUCUUGUGGGUGAAAACUAUGACGUAAAGAUGAAAAAUUCCAUGCAAGAUAUUUUAUCCGAGAUUUCCAAAGAAUCCCCAAAUUUUUCUCAUUUUGUGGAUGCAUUUUAUGAAUUGAUGCAAGCCAAAGUUGACCCACCUUUUGAAGUGAUAUGGGUCUAUGCUGCAAUCAAAUUUGGUUACCAAAAUUUUGAAAAAGGUGAUACAUUGGAUCGAAUUUUAUCGGCAAAAGGAUUGUUUCAGUUGUUAUCGUCAUGUUCUGUUUCUGCUGGUGCUUCAAAGAGUGUUGCUUUACUUGCCCCUGUUGUUUUUGUGGUGCAAAAGGUGGUUUUGGAACUGUUUGGAAAAGAGUUGAAAUUGAAAAGGGAGAAGAAAGCAAUGAGGGAAGUGAAAUCUUUGGUUGAUGUUGUUCUUGGGUAUAUGAGUAUUUGUUGUAGUGAAAUUUCUGAUGAGGAAAAUUUUGAUUUGGUUUUGGGUUUUACUAAUUUGGCUUGUCUUUGGGUUGGAAAAAAUGAUGGGUUUGAGUCCUUGUUGCCUCUUGUGAGUAGUGAUGUUUGUGGUUGGCUUUGUGCUAGAGAGUUUGAUGUUGGUUACUUGGCUGGUGCUGUUUUCAUGGAAGUGUUUUUCCUUAAAUUAUGUUUGUCUUUUCAUUUGGAAUUGUCAAGAGAUGAAUUGGAAAUUAACCUCAAGAGUUGGAUUGUUGGCUCAAUAACUAGCUUUCAGAAUGUGUACUUUUUGGAGAUUCUAAUGAGGACAACAUUAGAGACACCUUUGCCACUGAUCUCAAUAUUGAAACCUGAAGACGAAAUUCUGUUGAGAACAGUUCUGUUUGAUGCUGUACUAUUGGUAGAGUACCCUUUUCUCUAUCAAAAUGCCACCCACAUAAAAAAUCUUACCUUGACCAGAUUGAUUACUACUCAUGAAGCUGUAGAGUAUUUUAGGGAACUUGAUCAGAAUAGAGUAAUCUCUUAUAUUAAGGCCUUUUCUUCUUCCAAUAUACCUUCACAAAUAGUUAAAUUGGUUACAAGCCAGAAUGGGCUCGACGAAAAAGCGGGCGCGCCAAAUGGAUUAUCACCGAAAGGUCUUAUAAAUUGGUUGCUGAGCCUUGAAAGUCGAGGACUUUUUGUUUUCGAAGACGAUAUUUUAAAAAGCCACGCUAAGUUAUCUCUUGAUAUUUCCCACACGGAGCAACCGACCGGUGCCUUAGACAGCAAGAUAACAGACGAUGGCCUUUUUUACGUCGACAAUGUUGGAGAAGAGGAGAAUAGAGCCGAGGAGGAUAAACAAAACAAUACAAUUAGCGACGCGUUUGUAGCAGCCGCACAAACUAUGAAGUCAAAUGACAAUGAAAGUCGAAAAAGAAAAUCAAAAAGCAAACGAAAGAAGAUUAAAUUUGUUAAGUAUGACCUACUUCAAAACUCUGUUGGUGUCAAAGCUGGAACUUCAGCCCCAACAAAUGAUAGUUCAAGUGGUGAGAGUGAAGUGGAGGAUCCAAAUUCAGAUUCAGAUUCAGAUUCCUAAGUUAGAGUUACAAACUCAUAGUUCAGUUUUGUCAUAUGAUUAUUAUAUUUUCCUGUGCUUGAUAAUUUAGUUCAAGACAGGCUGUAACAACUUUUGGCAGUCACAUUUCAUUUACAUCAGAACUAUCUUAUCUGUUGUGUGUAGUUAGUAUUGCAUUCCUAUUAUUAUGAUUA